AUGGAAGAAGAAGAAGAAGUCAUCAUCAUCAUCAUCAUUAACGUCAUCAUGUUCACAAGCAUCAUCACAAUCCAAGAUGCGGUUCAGCUGGAUUGCAAGCCAACUAGGUGCCCGCUAGAUCGUCUAUGUUGCGAACAUGCCGGCGUCGUUGCCCUGAUCCAUGACAGGAUUGCUGUUGCCAUGUCUAAACCCACCACCGAGAUAGACCUCUCUGGGUUUGGGCUCGAGAGACUGCAGCACAUAGGCCGGGGGCAGUAUGCCAGUGCGCAGCUGGUCAAAGAAACGGCCAGUGGACAGACCUUCGUGGCCAAAUGCAUCUCCUUGGCGGCAUUGAACGAGCAUGACCAGGAUUUGGCCCAUCAAGAGGUCUUUCUGCUGCAGACCUUGAGCCAUCCCUAUAUCGUCGCAUAUCGGGAUAGCUUUCUCAUUGAAGGGGCGAACACUUUGGUGAUUGUGAUGGAGUAUUGCGGCGGCGGCGAUGUUCGCAAAGCUAUCAAGGACAAAGCAAAGGAAGGUGCCCACUUUUCGGAGGAGCAAAUCAUGACGUGGUUCGUCCAGCUCUGCUUGGCGCUACAGUACAUCCAUUCAGAGAAGGUAUUGCAUCGAGACUUGAAAACUUCCAACAUCUUCUUGACCGAAGAUGGCUCGGCCAUCAAGCUCGGCGACUUUGGCAUCUCACGUGUGCUGGAAGGCACCACCGAGGCCGCUGUCACUAUUGUCGGAACGCCAUACUACAUGUCUCCCGAAGUUUGUCGAAGCGAGCCGUAUAACUGGAAAUCCGACAUCUGGGCUUUGGGAUGUGUGCUCUACGAGUGCUGCAUGCUGAAGCAUGCCUUUGAGUCUUCCUCCUUGUUGGGCCUUGUCUACAAGAUUGUCAGUGACCAUUAUGACCCAAUUCCGUCCUUCUACUCGCCAGAGCUGAAUGAUCUGAUCAACAAGCUGCUGAUGAAGAAUGCCGAGUCCCGGCCUUCCAUCAACGAGCUUUUCGCCAACCCCUACGUCAAGGCUUACCUGGCGAAGCAAUCGGCCCCUGUGGCCGCCCCCAGUCCGCCCUCCUUGGAGCCGGCUGGCAAGAAGACCACUCUGAGGCCCGGAGGCGCGGCGAAGCCGCCUCCGCCUCCUCCGCCACCUCCCAAGGAGACCCCGCCGGCACCCGGCCCUGCCCCUCUUGCGCCAGAGUCCAAGAUCCUCGUCAUCAUCGCGCGCAUCCGGCGGCGGCUGGUGGGUCAGAAGCUGAACUGGAUCUCGUCCUGUGCAUCCUUCGAUGAUGAUGGCGACGGAGCGCUCACGCCGGACGCCAUGGGCCACGCUCUGAUGACGAUGCCCCUCGGCCUGAGUGACGAUGAGAUCAAGCAAUUGACGUCAGCUUUGUCUCCAUCACCUGGUGCCAAGAUAUCCCUGGACGCCUUCAGCGCUUACCUGCAGGAGGUGGCAGAUGAAGUGAAGCAGUACGAAACUUGGGCCCGGCAGGUCCUGGCGCCGCCGGGGAAGCGCCUCCACGAUCUGCUGCGGGCGAAGGACAUCGAGCGCAGCGGCACUUUGGCCCCCAGCAUCUUCCAAGACACGCUCCAGGAGCUUGUUCCCGUGCUUACUCCUCCACAUCUCGACUUGCUGGCCUUGCUCGCUGACAAGAACUGCUUAGGCGACGUGGACUAUGGUGAGUUCCUGGACACCUUUGGCGCCCCCGUGGCUCCUCCAUCGUCAGCUCCUCCUGGGCCUCCGGGUCCUCCAAGGCCCCCAGCGCCGCCGGGAAUGCCGCCGCUGCCAGGCAUGUCGGCAGCUCCUGCUCCGCCUGGGAUGCCUCCUCUGCCUGGCGUGGCUGGGCCAUCCGAUCCGCUCGGGGCGACCCUGGGAGGGACCCUGGGCGGAACCCUCGGCAGUGUGGAAAUCAACUUUGAGAAAACGUUUUUCACUUGCACUUCCAGCUCUGCUUUGCAAGGAACGAAUGCCGGCCGCAUGUCUCUCUCGGCACAAGGCUGUGCCUUGAUCUUUGGAAGACUGCGCAGAAGGCUGGAGGCAGCUGGUUUGGCGUUGUCUGAUGCCUUGGCGCUGUUCCUCCUUCCCGGAGAGCGGGAGCUGACAGCGGAGCAGUGGCUGGAUGUGGCGUCGACUUUGCCCCUGGGCACCUCGCGAGCUGAGAUGCAACAGCUCUUCCUGAAGGUGGAUGCAGACAGCUCCGGCAAGGUUGCGCUGACCACGCUGGAGCAAGGCAUCGCGCGGGCAAACUCCGAGGACUGUUGCAAGCCUCCUACCUGGAUCUCA